AUGUCAACUCCUCUUCGCUGCCGUCCGCUCCCCACCUGCGUCUUCCCACUCGCCCUGCGGCUCUUGCAGCUCGUCACGUCUGUCGUCGCGCUCGCGCUCGUAGCGAGCAGUUUCCAGCCGCAGCAACGGACGUUCGAGACAAUGGACCGCCGCGAGCAGCUCAACGUGACGGUCUACUACGGCGGUCCGUCCGUCACGUUCGCAGUGCUCGUGUGCUUCUCGGCGUCGCUCUACGACGCAGUGCUACUGAUUGUCGCCUGGCGACUCGGCAGCGAGCGCCCGUCAGUAGCGCCCUACUGCUUUGCCAUCGACGCGCUCUUGACGGUCCUCUUUAUGAGCGCGGGCUGUGCUCUGGCCGCUAGUGACUACAUGCGGUACUGUCCCGUGCUCGUCGACGCUGUCCAGUGCGCGCACUUGGCCUCGAGUGCCGCGCUGUGCUUUUUGGCGUUCGUGGGUUUCCUCCUGAGCGUCGCGUGGGGCGCGUGGCGACGUCCCACGUGGCGCCCGUCCGGUGCAAAAGGCACUUUCGAAGCGCCUGCGACGUUCGAGUCGGUGCACCGGGUGAACGGCCCGCGUGGCGGUGUGGGAUUGGGCACUGCUGACGAACGCGAUGGCGAAGGGGCGAUCACGGGCACGUCGUACGUGCAGGACGGAUUCGGUAGGCCAACCUAA